AUGGAAGAGCAUCUGCUGCUCGGCGGAAGUCCAAUCAUCCUCGCCAAUGUCUUCCUGCAAGCUAUAUACCGCGAGCUGGCGCUUAGCUUCGCUCAGCCACUUGGCCAUUCGAGGAAAGUUGGGGGUGACGAAGAAAGCCGAAAAACCAAUAAUGACUGUGAUUAUGCCUUCAAGGACGAAAACACACCUCCACGCGCGCAGACCGUGUAUCCCAUCCAUAUUGCUAGUGACUCCGGCUGUGAUGAGACCACCGAAGGCACCUGA